CCGAGUGUCAUUGACCGAGUUAUCACACGUAGGGUUUCAUCUAAUAGGAUUGUUAUAUUAAUAAUUGAUUUUAUGUAUUAAUUUCAUUACAAACACACUCAGCACAGUCGCCAAAAUGUGGCUCGAUCAAGCAGACGGCUUUGCCGAAAUAUUCAAGGGCUAUUUACCUUAUUAUUUAUUAGUCGUAUUCCCAAUUUUUAUCAUAAUGUCCCCUGUGAAUCCUGUAGCUGCUUCUCACGAAUUUUCGGUGUAUAGAAUGCAACAAUAUGACCUCCACACUGUUCCACACGGCUGCCGCAGCUCAAGCUUCAACCUCGAAGGUCGUUCCCUCACCUCGUGGAGCACGGCGCGCCACUGCGUCGUCGCCCGGCUUCAGGACGUCACCAUUGAACAGUUCAUUGAGAUUAGGGGCAAGGCUGGCGCAUUGGUGCUGUUGUUGCCGAAGAAUGACACGGUUUUGACUGACGAUGAGAAGGAGCAUAUCCACCUCCUCGAAGCGGUUAUGUCACAACAAGAGAUCAACAUACCAGUAUACUUUGCGCAAUGGUCUCCGGAGUUUGAGUACAUCAUCAAGGACUUGCAGCACAGCUUCAUCACAGACGAGAAGUCGGGCACUGCGCUAGAAGCUAUGUUUAAUACCGUCUCGUCUAAUGGGUAUCAAAUUGUUGUAUCAACUGCAGCGCCACACAAAUUGGAGUCAAAGCCAGUGUCCCUACACGGCAAGUUGGUCGGCAGGUCAGCGUCCACACAGACCAUAGUGAUCGCUGCACAUUAUGACGCUUCUAGCGUUGUACCCGAUCUAUCAUUCGGUGCAGACUCAAACGCCUCCGGUGCGGUAGCACUACUAGAGCUAGCCCGUGUCUUCUCUCGCCUCUACUCGAGUCCCGCUAUGAGAGGCGCACCUACUUUGCUAUUUGCCUUAAUGUCUACGGGACACUCGUUGAACUAUUUCGCAACUAAGAAAUGGUUGGAGGAACAUUUGGAUACGGCCGAUUCUUCGUUGCUGCAGGACGUAUCAUUCGUGCUAUGUGUCGACUCGCUCACAUCAGGCGCCCCGUCCCUGCACGUGUCGAAGCCCCCGAAGCCCGGGAGCCCCGCACACUCCAUACUGUCCCGGCUGCAAGUUCGCGCUCUGCACAAGAAGAUCAACCUCGCGGACGAGCUGCUGGCCUGGCCACACGAGCGGUUCAGCAUACGACGACUGACCGCUUUGACACUCAGCGCACUGCAGAGUCACAAAUCGCCAUCGCGCAGCUCCCUCCUCGAUACGCCCUCGGAAACGGCUGUGCACAAUUUGGUGGAAAACAUUAAGCUCACUGCGCGAGCGCUCGCAUCUCACGUGUAUAAUAUUACUGAUGAAACGAAUGAAGAAGAUGCCGUUUUGUAUGAUGACGCGUUGAACGUAGACGAGUCGUCAGUGGCGCAGUGGUAUAAAUAUUUGUCGUCGCAAUCUCGCUCACCGCACGUGUUGACUACACAGACUGGAGGUAUAACAGGUGCCCUAGAGCGAGCACUAUCCCGUUACAUGGAGGUAGUGAGUUCGAGCCACGCGGUGGACAAGCGUGAGCCGGAGUUCGCGUUGUACGGACCGACCAAGGCCGUUUUAUAUGUAUAUAGCGUAAAACCAGCAGUAUUCGAUCUCAUUCUAACACUAGCCAUAGUCGCGUAUCUGUCUCUAGUCUACUUCGCGAUACAACUGUUCCCGCGCUUUUACACAGAGUAUGCGAAAGUUAUCACGGGAAAAGAAAAAGUUUAUUAGAAAAAACAUGUCACAUUGGGCGCCAAGUUUUUUUUUUAUUUAUUUAGUACAAAAUUAUAUUUGAACGUUUUGGUAUAUUGUUGAAAAAAUAGUUUUUAUUUUAAAAAAUGAAUACCAAAUAGGGAUUUUGAGGGUGGGUGUAAAAGUUUUUAAAUGGAUUGAAAACCGCUUAACAGUUAUUGAUAAAAAUUUGCAGGUCGAUAAUAUCUUAAAUGUUAUGUUUUGUUUACCGUCCUAAAGUUCCUGCAAAGUAAACAUAUUACUGGAUUUAAAUUUGUAUAAUUUAUUGCAUCAAACAUAUUAAUAUGUAUGUAUUUACGAAAAAAUAUAUGUUAAUACCAGAUAUAAGAGAGAAUACGGAGAGAGAUAUUUAAUUCAGUCAGAUAAAGCAAUACUUUGGAUUAAGAAAAUUUGAUAAAAGUAAUUAGAUUGUCUAAAAAUUAUGGAAGUACAUUUUUUUAUAUUGAAUAAAUCUCGAUUCCAAAAUAAAGAGACUUGUACAAAAAUUGUUUACUAACGAAGAAAAGUUUCUUAUAACUUUUUAAAUAAAGCUACAAUUUUUUUUUAUCUACAUAUUGUAUUUGCUUUUGAAGUGAAACUUCUUUAGACGCACUGAUAGUAAAAUUUCAAAAUCGCGUCAUGGUAAUACCGUCACGUCAUAGAGUAAGGCCACGAUUUUGGUAUCUUUGAAUCUUGCCAAAGAAGUUUCACUUCUGACACGUGUGAUCGGCACACACGCUCUUUUUUUAAGAUCAAGUUGUAUUUAGUGGAAGGCUAGUCUGACUACAGUCAGUUAUCUAAUAAAGUACAUAUUUAACUUUUGUUAAUCUAUUGUCAAGUAAAGAACAGCGAAAACCGUAGAGUCACUAUUGUAAGAAUAUUUUUUAUAUUUAAGACCAAAUGAAUUUGCUUUUUCAUUUAUUUUUCAAUUAUAUAUUAAUAAUGUUACCUCAACUACAGUUGCGUUAAUUGUGAUCCACAUAAUAUAUGAAAUAGUUAUUAUUUUCCUAAUAUAUGCAUAUUUUAUUGCUCAGUUUUUCAGUGUCAAAUAAGGUUUUGUGUGACGAAACCAUACAUAUAAGGUUAAAAUGGUUAUUUAUUUAAAAUGAAAUACAAAGCUAUUCAAUAGUUUUUUUGUUCGUUCAAUGUUUAUAAUAUAAUAUGUACCUAUAAUUCGUACAUAUUAAGUGUGUUAUUUUUUGAUGAUUUUCAUAUUUGCUCAUAAUAAGACAUAUUUGAUUUAUUUUGUGUUGUCAGAUAAAUAAAAAUCUUUUCUAAGCAAGAUUAAAUUAUUCACUUUAUAUAUCAGUAAGCUAAAUUAUAAUCAAAGACAAAAAUAUAAU